AUGGCCACGUCAGCACCCCACGCCCUACGCACCCCAUUUCUCCGAAACCCCUCCCUCUCUCUCUCCUCCAAGCCUACUCUGUCCUCCGUUUUUCCCGUCUCUCUCUCCUCGCGCCGCCGGGCCGCGCCGCGGCUCGUGGUGGUGCUCUCCGCUGCCCGGCUCGACGCCAAGCCCACCGUUCUAGUCGCCGAGAAGCUCGGCGAGGCCGGGCUCGACCUCCUCAAGGAAUUCGCCAAUGUCGACUGCUCCUACAACCUCAGCCCCGAAGAGCUCUGCACCAAGAUCUCGCUUUGCGACGCGUUGAUCGUGCGGAGCGGGACCAAGGUCAGCCGCGAGGUGUUCGAGUCUUCCGGCGGCAGGUUGAAGGUCGUCGGUAGGGCCGGCGUCGGCAUCGACAACGUGGAUCUGGGGGCGGCGACUGAGUUUGGAUGCUUGGUGGUGAAUGCGCCGACGGCCAACACCGUCGCCGCCGCCGAGCACGGGAUUGCUCUCUUGACCGCCAUGGCUCGCAACGUCGCUCAGGCUGACGCGUCUGUGAAAGCCGGGAAGUGGCAGCGGAACAAGUAUGUUGGUGUUUCUCUUGUUGGGAAGACCUUGGCUGUGAUGGGAUUUGGGAAAGUUGGAUCUGAAGUGGCUCGGCGUGCCAAGGGGCUCGGCAUGCAUGUGAUCGCGCACGACCCAUAUGCACCCGCGGAUCGUGCUCGCGCCAUUGGUGUGGAGCUUGUGAGCUUUGAUGAGGCUUUGGCAUCUGCUGAUUUCAUAUCCUUGCACAUGCCUCUCACUCCCGCCACUUCAAAGGUUCUCAACGACGAGACUUUUGCGAAGAUGAAGAAGGGAGUUAGAAUCGUGAACGUUGCGCGUGGGGGAGUUAUUGACGAAGAUGCACUCGUCAGGGCACUCGACGGUGGAAUUGUUGCUCAGGCUGCUCUUGAUGUGUUCACUGUGGAGCCGCCACCACAAGGCAACACGUUGGUGUUGCAUGAGAGAGUUACUGCAACUCCUCACCUUGGUGCCAGUACCAUGGAGGCACAGGAAGGUGUGGCCGUUGAAAUUGCUGAAGCUGUCGUUGGAGCCUUGAAAGGGGAGCUUGCUGCCACUGCAGUCAAUGCACCAAUGGUUCCUGCUGAGGUGUUGACAGAACUGAAGCCAUAUGUUGUACUUGCCGAGAAACUUGGGAGACUGGCAGUCCAACUAGUGGCUGGAGGCAGUGGUGUGAAAACUGUCAAAGUUUCAUAUGCCUCAGCUAGGGCUCCUGAUGACCUUGACACUAGGCUGCUUCGAGCCAUGAUUACUAAGGGUCUCAUUGAGCCCAUUUCUGACGUUUUCGUGAACCUGGUGAAUGCUGAUUUCACUGCUAAACAGAGAGGACUAAGAAUAACAGAAGAGCGAACCGUUCUCGAUGGUUCACCCGAGAGCCCACUCGAUUCAAUCCAAGUUCAGAUUGCCAACGUGGAAUCCAAAUUUGCCAGUGCCAUAUCAGAGAGUGGAGAGAUUACGGUGGAGGGUCGGGUUAAGGAUGGGGUUCCUCACUUGACGAAGGUUGGAUCAUUCGAAGUUGAUGUGAGUUUGGAAGGUAGCAUAAUACUCUGCAGACAGGUUGAUCAGCCGGGUAUGAUCGGAACAGUUGGAAGCAUUUUAGGAGAGGAGAAUGUGAAUGUCAGUUUCAUGAGCGUUGGAAGGAUUGCGCCAAGAAAGCAGGCUGUGAUGGCAAUUGGGGUGGAUGACCAACCCAGCAAGCCAGCUUUGAAAAGGAUUGGAGAUGUUCCAGCCAUUGAAGAGUUUGUUUUCCUCAAGUUGUAG